GUCCAUUUGAUUGAUACACCCGUAUAGCAGUAGUGCCCGUAGUGGGCACCGAAGCAGUCAUUAGGAGAGAUUAGAACGGUAGUACAGAGAGAAAGACAGACAGACAGAGAGAGGAAACUGAAAAGGAAAGCUGAAACAAAGCAACAAUUAAAUUAAAGAGAGAUCUCAAUUCACUUUCUUUUUUCUUAUGGUUGUUAAAUAUUAAAAUCAAACCCAUUAUUAUUAUUUUUUCUGGAAUUAUCUCCUCAAUAUUCCCCCUUAAAAUGUCAGAAAUUUAGCACCCAUUUCCUUUCAUUAUUGUUAUUUUUUUUGGGUAACUUCAAAAACAUCUUUAAAUUUGACUUGCAGAGCACCCAUGUCUUCGAAGUCCAAAUCUGAUACUCCCAGCAGCAAGCCUGCUUCACCUAUGCCAAGAGUAGCCAAAUUAGGUAAGGCAGGAUCACUUAAAUCAGAUGCUGAUUCACCUUCUCCAAACCCGAAUUCACGGCUGUCGAUCGAUCGGAGUUCACCACGUUCUAUUACUUCGAAGCCGGCCAUUGCUCGAUCCACCACUCGAGUUUCGACCCCUGAAAAGCCACUGCCGCGUAUUUUUAAGCCAUCAGAGUUGCAGGCCCAAUUAUCAGCUGCACAAGAUGAUCUGAAGAAGGCAAAAGAUAAGUUGACUUUGGCUGAAAAAGAGAAGAAUCAUGCACUCAAUGAGUUGAAAGAGGCAAAGAAACAAGCUGACGAGGCUAAUGAGAAACUUCAGGAGUCUUUGGUGGCUCAAAAGAGAGCCGAAGAUACUUCAGAGAUUGAAAAAUUUCGAGCUGUUGAAUUGGAGCAAGCAGGAAUUGAGACCGCGCAGAAGAAGCAAGAAGAAUGGAAAAAAGAGUUAGAAACUGUGAGGAGUCAACAUGCCUUAGAUAUGACUGCUCUUCUCACAGCUAAUGAAGAGCUUCAAAGAAUCAAGCAAGAGCUGGUCAUAGUUACGGAUACUAAGAAUCAGGCUCUUAGCCAUGCUGAUGAUGCCACCAAGAUUGCUGAGGUUCAUGCUGAAAAGGUCGAACUCCUCUCAGCUGAGCUUGUGAAGUUGAAAGGUUUGCUUGAAUCAAAGGAUGAUGAUGGAGAUUCGAAGAAUGGGUUGGUUGCAGAAUUGACGUCAGAAUUGGAUUCUUUGAGGAAAGAACUUGAAAAGGCUAAGAACUUUGAGCAGGAACUCCACGAGAAAGAUAAAUCUUAUGAGAAGAUUGUGGCAGAUUUAAAAUUGGAGCUGGAAAUCCUCCGGAAAGAGCUUGACCAGGCAAAGACAUGUGAGCAAGGCUUGGUUGAAAAGGAGAAGUCGUAUGAAAAGGUUGUGGCGGAACUUAAGUUGGAGAUGGUUUCUUUGCAAGAAGAGCUCAGAAAGGCGAAGAUUGGUGAGCAGGAUUUCAUAGAGAAGGAGAAGUUUUAUGAAAAUAUUGUAGAAGAACUUAAAACAGAGUUGGGUUCUUUACAAGAAGAGUUUGAGAAAGCAAAGGCCUUCAAAGUAGAGUUGAUUGAGAAAGAACAGUCCCAUAAGAUGAUUGUUACUCAGUUACAGUUGGAAAUUGAUUCUUUAAAGAAAGAACUUGAAAAGGCAAAGUAUUUCGAGGAAGAGUUGACUGAGAAGAAGGCAUCCUAUGACGAAACUGUUAUGGAACUCAAGUCAGAUAUAGAUUCCCUAAAGCAAGAGCUUGAAAAGGCCAAGAGCCUUGAGGUGGAAUUGGUUGAGAGAGAGAAGUCAAAUGAGAAAAUUUUGAGGAACUUUGAGUCGGAGAUGCAUUCUCUACAGCAAGAGCUACAAAUGGCAAUGGGCUUUCAGGAGAAGUUGUUUCAGAAGGAAGAGGCUUAUGAGCAGCUAAAUGUAGAGUUGGAAGCCGCGAGGAUGGCUGAGUCUUAUGCCUUGAAUUUACUGGAUGAAUGCAAAACCAGAGCUGAAGAAUUGGAAUUUAAGGUGACCGAGUCAAAUAGAUUAGAGAGAUCAGCAUCUGAAUCAUUAGAGUCGAUUAUGAAACAGCUCGAGGGAAAUAGUGACUUGCUACAUGAUGCAGAAUGUGAAAUUGCAGGUCUUAAGGAGAAGGUUUCACUGUUAGAAAUCUCACUUGAAAACAAGAAAGGAGAUUUGGAGGAAUCAGAUCAUCGUUUCGAGAAAGCAAAUAAAGAAGCUAGGGAAGCAGCCAGCAAGAUGGAAUCUCUGAAGUCUGAGCUUGAAACUGUGAUGGAAGAGAAAGCACAGGCUCUCGAGAAUGAGAGGCUUGCAGCUUCUAGUGUCCAGGACCUGUUAGAAGAGAAAAACAAACUCAUCAAUGAGCUGGAAACCUUGAAAGAAGAAGAGGAGAAGAGCAAGAAAGCAGUGGAGAGCUUAGCUUCAGCUUUGCAUGAAGUUUCUGCUGAAGCAAGAGAGGCCAAAGAGAGUCUGUUAUCAAAUCAAGCAGAGCAUGAAAACUUUGAAACCCAAAUCGAGCAUCUGCAGCUGGUUCUUAAAGCAACGAGCGAGAAGUAUGAGGUUACGAUUGAAGAUUCAAAACGAGAGAUCGAUCAUCUUACAAGCACAGUGGAACAGUCAAAGAUGGAUUUUGAUGUCCAAAUGGAAGAUCUGAAGGAGGUUUUGAAGGCAUCCAAUGACAAGUACGAAAGCAUGCUUGAUGAAUCGAAUCAGGAGAUAAACCAUCUAACAAAAAUGAUGAAUCAAUCAACAUUAGAGCAUGAAAAUCAAAAGGCCGAGUGGGAGGUGAAAGAGUUGGAGCUGAAAAACUGCGUAAAGAGGUUAGAGGAAGAAAAAUCAUUGGCUGAACAGUCGGGGCUGAAUUAUGAAGACACUAAGGCCGAGUGGGAACAGAAGGAGCUGCAGCUUGUGAGUAGUGUAAAAAAAUCAGAAGAAGAGAAGUCCUCAAUGGAGAAAGAAAUAAUGAGGCUGGUGCACUUGCUUAGGGAAGCAGAGGAAAAAGCUGGUGCAGCACAGGAGGAAGGAUCUCAGUUGAGGAGUUCACUCAGGGAAGCAAUGUCAGAAACAGUUUCCUUAAGCGAAGCCCAUAAUGAAGCUGAGGCUGAGAGUUUGAAGUUGAAGGACAGUCUGCUUGGCAAAGAAAAUGAACUGCAAAACAUGAUUAGAGAAAAUGAACGGCUUCGGGCUGCAGAAGAUGCAAAUGUCUGGAAGAUAGAUGAAUUAACCAAAUUGCUUGAAGAAGCGAAAACCUACCAAAGAACCCGUGAAAAUGGUGAGCUCUCAGACAGUGACAAAGACAAAGAGUAUGAUAUGCUCCCAAAAGUGGUAGAAUUUUCUGAAGAAAAUGGAUACUCUGGGGAGAAUAAGCCAACUGUAGAGCUUCAACCUCAUCAAACAGAGGCAGGUGAGAAGCAAUUGCCUGUUGAAAUGAGCAAUGGUGUGAGCAGGGGAGCUCAAACUGUUGAUGUUUUAGCUGAGCCUAAGAAUAAUGAUAAUGACAAACCUACUGUGGUAGCAGAGAAUAAAGAGAAGCCACGAGAUGAAACCCCGGAAUCUGAAGCAAAGAUGUGGGAAAGCUACAAGGUUGAUAGAGAUGUCUCGACUGAGAUGGAAACAGAACAAGGUUCGUUGGACGACGAAGUUGAUUCCAAGACCGAAACUGCUGAAACCUUUGAUCAGGUAAACGAGCUACCAUUAGAUAACGGUGCAAACUCUGACUCAAAACAACAGCAGAAGAAGAAAAAACCUUUGUACCGGAAGUUUGGAAAUCUAAUCAAGAAGGGGAUUAGCCCCCAAAAGUAGGUUAUUUUAGGGACUGCAAGAUAGCAGGUAAGAAUAUGCUUGUUCAUUUGGCUUCUUUUCAAAAGGGAAAGUGUGAAGAAGCUUGUAUUAUGUCUAGAUUCUUUUUUUCUUUUAUCUUUUUUUAUAUUCUUCUUCUCAUGGUUUAUCCUCCGCGUAAGGAGUGAUGAGUAUGUGAUGUCUUUUAUUAUCCGGUUUUUUACCCUUUGGCUUUGUAAGUGACAGAAAGGGAUUAUAAAUUUGAACUACAUCAAUAUGUUUAUUGCUGGUGAAAGUGAUCUGAAUUUCUGUCAUUUCACUUCUAGGCUGAUUUGCUCUUUA